UUCUUCGGGUUGCCAUUACAUCGCCAAUACAUAUUCACAACGCCAACGUAACUGUGCUGUUGCUUUAUUGCUCGCCAUGGAUAAUUGUAUUGCAUUCUACGGCUAGAAUUUGAUCCUUUGAUAUUUCUAAUCAAAGGUACUACAUACAGGGCCGAACGGGACAUCCCGCGGUGGCCAAAGAAAAUAGGCUACAGCCUCACCGAACAAACCACCCCGCCACGUAUAUAUUUCAGCAAAGCUGCCUCUCAUUCACCCCUGUCUCCUAGACUGGCAAGCAAAGUGAAGGACGUCGUACGAGCUUCUUCGGUAACAAAAAACCAUGAGCGCUUCCCGUAUCAAGAGCCGGCCGAAGAUGCCGGCUCCUAUGCCAGAUCUCGGCGGAGGCAGCACCGAAGUUGCGCAAAAUGACCACCAUCCUUCUGGUGAAAUUGUCCACGGAGGCCCGAAGCAGUUUAUUCGAUUCGUCCUCUUCAUGACGUACUUCUGGUCCUGCGCUUGCACAAUUGCCCUUUCAGAGUUCGUGGGGAUCCCACUGUACUGGAUUAAGAGAGAGUGGUAUUACAAAAACAUAGCUCUGGCAAAGGAGGCUUUCGGCACUACCAUCACAUGUAUGACGAAGUGGUGGAGUCCAACUGUUAUCAGAAUAAGCGGCGAUGAGAGCGUCAGGGGCCAGCUUCGUCAAUUACCAGAUGGCAGGCUUGAGUGCAAUUUCCCCGAAAGGAUAGUAUUGAUUGCCAAUCACCAGCUCUACUCUGACUGGAUAUACCUUUGGUGGAUUGGAUAUGCCAACAGACCAAGGAUGUCUGGUCACGUUUACAUUAUCUUGAAGGAGACCAUAAAGUAUAUUCCCCUCCUCGGACAAGGCAUGGUUCUUUUUAACUUCAUCUUCAUGUCACGGAAAUGGUCCAAGGACAAGGCUAGGAUGGCGUACAGGCUCGGAAAGCUAAAAACACCUAUUCCCGGCACGAAACUUCUUAGACCAAUGUGGCUCAUGCUCUUCCCCGAGGGAACUAAUCUGAGCGACAAUGGGAGAAUCAACAGUGCGAAAUGGGCAGCAAAGCAAGGCCUUCAAGACCUCCAGCAUCAGAUGUUGCCUCGAAGCACUGGGUCUUUCUUCUGCUUGAACGAGCUUAAGGGUACAGUUGAUUAUGUAUACGACUGCACUCUGGCAUAUGAAGGUAUUGCCCGCGGGCAGUUUGGCCAAGACUACUUCACUCUUCGGUCCAGCUACUUUGAAGGGAGGCCACCAAAGUCCGUGAACAUGUAUUGGCGUCGAUUUGCGCUCUCCGAUAUUCCUCUUGAUGAUGCGGAGGAAUUCGAUGUGUGGAUACGAGAAUGCUGGAUUGAGAAGGAUGCGUUUCUCGAAGAAUAUGUUAGCACCGGACGAUUCCCUGCAUCCCAGGACCUAGAGUCCAAGACAAAGGAUUCCGAGGGGUCUACAGUGGCCAUCAAGGGCUUUAUCGAGACGGAAAUGAAGCCAGCGCAUUGGUAUGAAGUGUUCAAGGUGUUUACGAUCGUCGCUGGAUUUGGUGUUGCGUUGAACUUGUCAGCCAGGUUGUGGCACUUCCUUCGUAACGGGUCAUCGGCGUAGAGUUUACAAGGGUGGGCUGGGGGUCGCAUCGGACAUGAAGUUUAGGAAUACCCAAUGAUAUGAAACUAAACAUAAAGU